CGCCCGCAAGCGGAGCGAAGGCUGCCACCACUCGGGCCACCUCGGCGGUGGCGGCGGCUGCAGGGGAGCGGCAGGGCGGCGGGCGCACUCCGGGGCAGCUGGGGACGCCGCGCACCAUGCAGGCGACGGCGGGGGGCGCGCGGGCGGCCGCGCUGGCGCUGCUGCUGGGGGCGCUGCAAGGGGCGCCGGCGCGCGCCCAGGAAUACGACUACUACGGGUGGCAGGCGGAGCCGCUGCACGGGCGCGCGUACUCCAAGCCGCCGCAGUGCCUCGACAUCCCCGCGGACCUGCCGCUCUGCCACACGGUGGGCUACAAGCGCAUGCGGCUGCCCAACCUGCUGGAGCACGAGAGCCUGGCCGAGGUGAAGCAGCAAGCGAGCAGCUGGCUGCCGCUGCUGGCCAAGCGCUGCCACUCCGACACGCAGGUCUUCCUCUGCUCUCUCUUCGCGCCCGUCUGCCUCGACCGGCCCAUCUACCCGUGCCGCUCGCUGUGCGAGGCCGUGCGCGCCGGCUGCGCGCCGCUCAUGGAGGCCUACGGCUUCCCCUGGCCCGAGAUGCUGCACUGCCACAAGUUCCCCCUGGACAACGACCUCUGCAUCACUAUGCAGUUCGGACACCUGCCUGCCACCGCGCCUCCAGUGACCAAGAUCUGUGCCCAGUGUGAGAUGGAGCACAGUGCCGACGGCCUCAUGGAGCAGAUGUGUUCCAGCGACUUCGUGGUUAAAAUGCGCAUCAAGGAGAUCAAGAUAGAGAAUGGGGACCGGAAGCUGAUUGGAGCCCAGAAAAAGAAGCAGCUACUCAAGCCAGGCCCCUUGAAGCGCAAGGACACCAAGAGGCUGGUGCUGCACAUGAAGAGCGGCGCCAGCUGCCCCUGCCCACAGCUGGACAGCCUGACCGGCAGCUUCCUGCUCAUGGGCCGCCAAGUGGACGGGCAGCUGCUGCUUAUGGCCGUCUACCGCUGGGACAGGAAGAAUAAGGAGAUGAAGUUCGCGGUCAAAUUCAUGUUCUCCUACCCCUGCUCCCUCUACUACCCCUUCUUCUAUGGGGCUGCUGAACCCCACUGAAGGGCACUCCUCCCUGCCCCACCACAGCCAGCUGUGCCUUGCCCUCUCCCCAGCCCUGGGGCACUCUCUUCCUGCCCACUUGGCCUCACCCCUACUCCCAGGCUGACCCAGCCCCUAAGUGGUUUCAUGCAGUGUCGUUACCAGCACAGGCCCUAAGG